AUGUCCUCAUCAACAUUCCAAUCCUUCUCCACCUCCAGCAGUUCCACAACCGUCAACGGACAAACAGUCUCAAAGUCUGAGCAAACAUACUCAGACCCCAGCGGCACCCACGUACAGCGCACCCACCAAGCGCCAGGCGAAGCCCCGCGCGUCGAGCGCUACCAGACAGAUGCCAAUGGCAGGCAGCUUGGAGGUUCACGUGGUUCAGAUGCAGGCCGCAUACAGGAUGUGACGGAAGAAUAUGAGGAGAAAAUGGAGGAUGAAUAUGCAAAGAGGGAGGGUGAAAGGCGUGAUUCGCUCUCCGCUAGUGCAUCGGCCCCUACACGGUCCUUCGGCGUUAUCCAGAUCGAAAAGAAGAAGGCUGGGCGUCGCCUUCUCGUAUACGACAACACUGGAUCUUUUACUCUGCGUAAAUCUACCUCACGGAUUACCCUUCCACCCUACCCUUGGAACAUGGUACCAACUGUGCACAAAAUCGAUCCGAAUGCAGACACGAUUAUCACGCUCAAGAAUGCUUGCACCGAUUUUGCGCCUUGGCAGCCUGCCCUAACAGAGCCAGAGGGUGCAUGGGCGUCAUGGGUACGGUUGAAUGAAAAGAGGAAGAAGAAAGCAAAGGAAGACGAUCUUAUCAUUAAGCCCCAGCUGACCCGGCAUUUGGUGGCGAGAGGUAGAUCCAGGAACACAGCAGCCCCAUCUACUUCCGAGCCCAGCAAUGAUGCUGUUCCCUCUGAUGCAGCCUCACAAGCUACAGAACCUGAACAAGAUGACGUUUAUUACCAUGUCUCCUCGCGCCACCUGAUGCUUGCAUCGCCCAUGUUCAAGCGCGCAUUGGACAAGGACGGCUUCAAAGAAUCAAUCCCCCACGAAUCCGAUGGGUUCUACCACAUCGACGCUCACGAUUGGGACCCGGAGGCUUUUCUCAUUGUCAUGCAAAUCAUCCACGGCCGCAACAGGAACGUACCACGAGUGAUACCGCUGGAGAUGCUAGCAAAAAUCGCCGUGGUAGAAGACUACUACCAUUUUGGCGAAGGGCUCGAGAUUUUCCAGGAGUUGUGGCUCAAGGAGCUGAAGAAAACCGAUCUGCCCACGACAUACUGCCGAGAUCUGGUGCUGUGGAUCUGGGUCGCGUGGACUUUUAGCGACGAAGAACCCUUUCUGUAUGCCACUUUUGUGGCGAUAACGCAUGCUAGAGAGGCCGUGUCUACCCUGGACUUGCCGAUUCCCUCGAGGGUGAUAGAAAAGAUAAACAGCAGGCGACAAGAAGGGAUCGAAGCCAUCCUUUCCGGUCUGCACAACUUGCUCAAGAAAUAUCGCAGCAGCAGUUAUAUAUGUCCUGAGGAUGACCAUGUAUCCUUUGCAUGCGGAUCAUUUCUGCUCGGGGCCCUGACAAAAGGCAUGGAUGAGAAGGGCCUCAUAGACCCUCCGCUUGUGGCCCCAUUCACCAACAUGAGCUGCGAGGAUCUGUGUGACUGCCUCGACGAGAUGCGGUACUCUGACUGGGCCAGUUUGUCUUGGGGGGAAACACACUCUUGCACGUUGAACGAAGACCUUAUCGAGUGGCUCAGUACAAUGUCCAUUCAAUAUGGAACCAUGGGCUUCGAGUCACUCCAAGACUUGGGUUGA